AUGGCGUUUGUGGUGGCCCAUAAUGAACUUGAAGUUGUUAAACCACUUGCAGUCAAACUUCAAAAAAGGAACAAUGACAUCUGCAUGGCUUACAAACUUAUUGACGAAAGGGUAUCAAUGAUCAAAACCAUGAGGGCUGAUGUGGAUCAAAGGAGUCAUGAUUGGUAUGUGGAAGCUUGUGCUAUUGCAGAACAGCUUGAUGCUGAAAUACGUCUUCCUCGGAUUGUGAAGAGGAUGACACAGAAAGCGAAUGCACCAUCCCAAUCUCCCGAAGAACACUUCAAGCUCAAUUUGAUCAUUCCUUUCCUUGACCACCUGCAAGAAGAGAUGAACACAAGGUUCAGUCCAGAGAACCGUCCUGGAAUUGAACUGUUUGGUCUUCUGCCAUGUGCUGUUGUUCAGCAACCAGAUCUACUACAGUUGGAAGCAAACCUAAUGUUCUGGGAGAAUGACUUGCCAAUGGUGUCUUCUCUUCUGGCAGAACUCCGAAGUUGGCGCCUUCAUUGGUUGUCACAGGAAUACCACCCUGAAGGUGCAAUCGAAAGCUUGAAAUCUGCUGAUGAGGAUGUUUUCCCUAACAUCCGUAAGCUGCUCACAAUUGCCGUUACACUUCCAGUUACAAGCACUGAAGCAGAAAGGACAUUUUCUAGCCUUAAAAGGCUGAAGAUGCAUCUGAGGAGUACCAUGGGUCAGGAGCGCUUGACUGGACUGACACUGAUCCACCUGAACCAGGACAAGAAAAUAGUUUCUGAUGAGAUAGUUCACAAAUAUGUGAAAAAGCAUCGCAGACGUAUGUUUGAGAAAUGCAUCCUCUAUCAGUAG